CAAGAUCAAAUCCUCCCACCUGCCACCUCCCAGAAAACCAAAAAAAAAAAAAAACAGGAAGAAACAUUUAAAAAAAUCACACAAAACUCUCCCACAUUAAAUUUCAAUUUCUUUAAUCAGGAGAUAAUAAAGAUUGAGGGAGAUGGUGACAAAUGUGGGUAAUGACAUUUUAGUCAGUCAGACUUUGAUGUUGUUGAUGUUGUUGUUGGUCUCGGUGGAAAACUGUGUAUAAUUUCUAUGUUAAAUCAGUCCAAGUCCCCACCUCACUUCAAUCCCCUGUUUUCUUUCUCUUUAGUAAAAAGUCAGCUCUCUCUGUGUCAUCAUUUCAAACCAGUCCAACCAAAUUUGUCUUCUGUACUUAAAUUCAUUUUUUUUAUAUAUAUUUAUGUGUAUAGAUUUUUCUUCGAGAUUUUAUAUUAUCACAGUGAACUUUCCUCUUUCUGAGUUUUUUUUUUUUCUCCUUUCACUGAAAUUGUCUCUUGCCCCUUCACUGUUUCUUUGAUUUGAAACGUCCUCUUAGUUUCCCUGCAGCUCAAUAAGCGGUGGGUUUCGUGUUUCCUUUUUCCUUUUUGCCUCUAUGUCCAUUAAAUUCAAAGAAAACAAAAGGGGAAAAGGAAAAAUCAUUUCUUGGAUGCUACAAAAAAAAAGGGGUUUGGUUUACUGUUGAGGAUUGUGUUCACAUUUCUUCACAGAGCCGGAGUGACUAUUUUGGAUGUUGCUUCGCUCUGAAGGGAUGGGGCGUUGAAAAAUCGAGUAUUUUGGAAGGGGGAAAAAAGUGCGGUUAUUUCAGGUUCUUUCCUCAUUUCAGUGAGUAUGUACGACUUUUGGGAUUAAAAGUUUUGCUUGAAAAUUUUCUGAUCUGGGGAUCUGAAACCCUCGAGUGAUUUUCCUUAUUGUAGCUGCUGCUGACUUUCUUGCUUCACCUUUAAGUUGAUUUGGUUGCUUGUUUGUCUCUUAAACUUCUCUUCCUUCGUGGUUUUUGAGGUCUCUUUGGGAUUGGGGUUUUGGUGAUUCUCUUCAUUUGGAUAUCAGUGGCAGCUCAGCUUUGUUGGGUGCUCUGUAUCUACGUCUAGGGAUUGAUUUCUUUGUGGGGGACUAUAGAUAUCAGUGCGGCAAUUUGCUUGCUUGCUUCAAUUGCAAGUUGUGGGUAGCUUGGUACCUUUUCCUGUGUAUUAAUCCCUGUUUUGUGGUUUCUUCAUCCAUUGCCAAUUUUCUAUUCAAAUAUUGUUCGCAACUGGAGAUCUCAAUUGGUCAUAGAGAGUCUUAUGUUGUUAGUGUCAAAGGCAAUGCCGGGGCGGUCAUGUAAGCUUGGAUUAUAGUUUGGUAAAUCUCUUCUGGUUUUCUAUAAUGGUGGUCCAGAAAAGGGAUUUCCUUUCAUUGAUUAUAAUGAAUUGGAUGCUUUUAGCUUCCAUAUUCUGUUCAAUUUUGGUUCUCGGAGCCCAAAGCCAAACUUGCUAUCCGGAUGAUCUUUCAGCAUUGAAGGAAUUUGCCGGCAAUUUAAGAAAUGGGUCCAUGAUCUCAGCAUGGUCUAGUGAUUCCAAUUGCUGUAAGUGGGAAGGGGUUGUCUGUGAUGAUGGUGGCAGAGUGAUCAAGCUAAAUGUGUCAAGAAAAGGGCUGAUAGGCAACAUUUCAGAAUCUUUGGGCAACUUGGCUCAGUUAGCAGUGCUUGAUCUUUCUCACAAUGAUCUUUAUGGGGAAUUUCCUCCUAAUGUCUCCAAUUUGCAGCUGCUAGAAACACUUGAUCUGAGUCAUAACAUGUUAUCUGGUGCCGUGUUGGGAUCUCUAGCCAAAUUAACAUCAAUCAAGGCGCUGAAUCUUUCUAGCAAUUCAUUUGAUGGGGACCUCUCGGGCCUUGGUGAAUUUCCCAAUCUUGUUGAGUUGGUCAUUAGCAAUAACUCCUUUUCUGGAGGUUUGGACUCUCGACUCUGUAAGGUGUCCAACAAUAUCCAGUUCCUUGAUUUGUCAAUGAAUAAUUUCACUGGCAGCCUCGGAGGUUUGGAUAAUUGCAGCAGAUCUCUUAGGCAGCUAUCUCUUGAUGAUAAUUCUUUUGAAGGCCCCCUUCCGGAGUCCAUAUAUUCAAUGCCUUAUCUGGAGCAGCUCUCUCUUUCUUCCAAUUUUUUGUCUGACCAGUUGAGCCCUCAGUUGAGUAAGCUUUCCAAUCUCAAGUCCUUGGUUUUGACUGGAAACAUGUUUUCUGGUCCUCUUCCUGAUGUGUUUGCGAAUUUAACAAAUCUUGAGCAGCUUGUUGCUCAUUCUAAUUCGUUAUCUGGGAAAUUGCCUCCUAGUCUAGCACAAUGCUCCAAGUUAAAAGUGCUUGAUCUUCGAAAUAAUUCUUUUUCUGGUGUCAUUGAUCUUAAUUUUACUGGAUUGCCAAAUCUUCGUACUCUUGAUCUUGGUAGCAAUCGCUUUCACGGACCCCUGCCGGACCUGUCUAAUUCCCAGAAGCUGACAGUUCUGAGUCUUGCCAAGAAUACCUUACAAGGGGAGGUACCUGAAAGUUACGCAAAUUUGUCAUCCCUUGUGUUUCUCUCAUUGUCCAAUAACAGCCUUGUAGGCUUAUCUGGAGCAUUGUCAAUUCUGCAGAAAUGCAGAAACCUUACCACUCUUAUUCUCACCAAGAAUUUCCAUGGUGAAGAAAUUCCAGGAAAUGUGGGUGGUUUUGAGAGCUUGAUGAUUUUUGCACUUGGGAACUGUGGCCUGAAUGGUCAAAUCCCAAGUUGGUUAAUGAAUUGUAGCAAGUUGGAAGUUCUUGACCUGUCCUGGAAUCAUUUGAAUGGAAGUAUCCCUCCAUGGAUUGGGCAGAUGGACAGAUUGUUCUACUUGGAUUUUUCGAAUAAUUCACUGACAGGAGAAAUCCCAGAAAGUAUAACCGAACUGCAGGGCCUCAUUACCGCAAAAAACAGUAUAUCAAGCCUUAAUCCAUCCACUGGACUUCCUCUCUUUGUUAAGAGAAACCAGAGUUCUAGUGGUUUGCAGUACAAUCAAGCUUCAAGCUUCCCGCCGUCAAUUUAUUUGAGUAACAAUAUGCUGAAUGGAACAAUUUCUCCUGAUAUUGGAAGACUCAAGCAACUCCAUGUCCUGGACCUCAGCAAAAAUAGUAUCACCGGAACUAUUCCUUCUUCCAUUUCUGAUAUGUUAAACCUUGAGGUGCUGGAUUUGUCGUUCAAUGAUUUCUAUGGGUCCAUUCCGUCAUCAUUUAAUAAGCUGACAUUUCUGUCAAAGUUCAGUGUGGCUAACAAUCACUUGCAGGGAGCAAUUCCAACAGGUGGUCAGUUUCUCAGUUUCCCUAGCUCAAGCUUUGAGGGUAAUUCUGGACUUUGUGGGACACUGAUCUCUCCUUGUGCUGUCAACAACAUCGGGAUGCAGCCUGCUAGUCCUACCUCUUCAAAGAAAAAGUUUGGUCGGAACAGUAUUCUUGGAGUGACGAUAAGCAUCGGGGUGGGCGUUGCAAUCAUCCUUGCAUUUGUUCUACUCAAGUUGUCAAGGAGGGAUAUGAGGAAUUCAAUUGAAGACCUGGAGGACGAAAUGAGCCGACCAAACAGACUGUCUGAUGCAUUUGGGCCUUCAAAGUUGGUGCUUUUCCAGAACUCUGAAUGCAAGGAUCUCACUGUGACUGACAUCCUUAAGUCAACAAACAACUUCAGUCAGUCAAAUAUUGUUGGUUGUGGAGGAUUUGGUCUUGUUUACAAGGCCGACCUGCCUAAUGGCAAGAAAGCAGCUAUAAAGAGACUUUCUGGUGAUUGUGGACAGAUAGAACGUGAGUUUCAAGCAGAAGUGGAAGCACUUUCCAGAGCUCAGCACAAAAACCUGGUUUCUCUUCAAGGGUAUUGCAGGCAUGGAAAUGAUCGGCUUCUGAUAUACUCCUACAUGGAGAAUGGAAGCUUGGAUUAUUGGUUGCAUGAAAGGAUUGACGGCAGUUCCGCCCUUAGAUGGGAAACAAGGCUAAAGAUUGCCCAGGGAGCAGCUCAUGGACUAGCUUAUCUGCACAAGGAGCCAAAUAUAGUUCACCGGGACAUCAAAACCAGCAACAUUCUUUUGGAUGACAGAUUUGAAGCUCACUUAGCUGACUUUGGUCUCUCACGGUUACUCCAUCCGUAUGAUACACAUGUCACUACUGAUCUUGUUGGUACCCUGGGGUACAUUCCACCGGAAUACAGCCAGACAUUGACAGCAACUUUUCGGGGGGAUGUUUACAGUUUCGGCGUGGUUCUUCUGGAGCUUCUCACGGGAAGAAGACCAGUUGAAGUUUGCAAAGGAAAAAAUUGCAGAGACUUGGUGGCGUGGGUGUUUCAGAUGAAAACUGAGAAGAGGGAAGAGGAGAUAUUCGACGCGUCGAUAUGGGACAAAGACUAUGAAAAGCAGCUGUUAGAGGUUCUAGCAAUAGCUUGUAAAUGUAUAGAACAAGAGCCUAGACGCAGACCAUCAAUUGACCAAGUCGUGUCAUGGCUUGAUGCAAUUGAGAUUGGUAGAGCUAGGAAAUAAACUUGAUCUAAUUUCUUGCUAGUCUUGAAGAGUUUUCUUGACUUUUUCUUUAUAUACAUCCCUAAAGGACAAUUAUAUAUAUAUAGUGGAUUUAAUCAGCUCUUCUGGAG